GUCCGAGACACUUCCGGCGCGCUCGGCCGCCGGCCCCGUUAACCGGCUCCGUGGGUCCCGGGCGCCAUGGCUUCUGUGGGGGUGUCUGUCGGCCGGCAGGCCGAGGAUGCGCUGCAGCCACCCGCAGAGCCGCCGCUGCCCGAGACGAAGCCGCUGCCGCCUCCGCAGCCGCCGCCGCCGGUCUCCGCGCCGCAGCCGCAACCGCCGCCGAGGCCUCCGUCACCGGCCGGCGUGAAGGCGGAGGAGAACUGCUCCUUCCUCCCACUGGUUCACAACAUCAUCAAAUGGUCCCCCCGGGCGUGUUGGACGUGGCAGAGGAGGGUUGGGGGCCUCACGCUGGGUCGGCCUUCACCUUCACUUGGGGUGCGAGGCUGGAGCUGGCCCAGGGGUCAUCGAGGCCGGUCAGCAGGACCCCAAGCCCGCAGGGCCUCUUCCCACACAUGUGCCGGUUCCAGUCCGCCCAGCACCCGCCAGCCGCGGCCUGGCCUUGGGUCCUGAUGGCCAGGAGGUGACCCCACGACUCACCUGCAGCAGCUCUGCCCUUCCUUGUCUUCUUCUUUGCUGAAUCCGAGUGAAAAGGCCAAGUGCCCAGAUAGGGAUUGUUGGUAGGCUGUUUGAAGGAAUUCUCUCUUGGGAGGAGAGCACGGAGCCCAGGAGGUCGGAGACUGUUUGUGGGUGGUCCUGAGGUUAUGCGUACACACACACGCACACAAACACACAGAGUGUGAACUUGUCUGGGAGCCGAGGAGCCAUCUGAAGUUUUUGAGCUCAGGCCUGGGUUUUGUAGAGCUAGAUGGGACAGAGGGUUUUAGAAGGGGGAAAGGACUGGGUCCACAGGAAUAGUGGGAAGAGGUGCAGGGGUGCCCUGAGGGGGAUGGCAGGUGGAGUGGCUGGGGGGGCGGGGGGCGGUGGGGCACACGGCACACAGGGGUGUAGGUGUGGGAUGUCAUCGCCGUUUGGAUUGCAGGCGAUCAGUUGCAAACACGCGCAUACCUAUCAACAGCCAAGUCAUCUAGCCGUAUAAUCGUGUACAUCUUAGCACGGACAGACACCCAGGGUGCAUUCUACAUGAAGAAAGCGAGAAUCAGAACCGUGUGUGGAGUGUGGCCACAUUUGUCAAAACAAACUGAAAAGUAUGUGUGUGUUUGUGUGCUACUGACUAUCUUGAAGAGAUAUUAAACAAUACGCACCACGUGUUAACAGAGCUUACCUGGGACAAGGGAUUAGAGGGACUUCCCUUUUGUAAGCCUUGGUUGUCUGUCAUUAAACAUUCUUUUGCCUCAAGCCCUGUAACUGUCGUAACUUAAAGGCCCUACUAUUUUAGAAAGAUGCCAGCCACUGACGUUAGUGUGGGGAGAAGACUGGUCCCAGGGCCGGUCGGCGAGGAGGACAUUGGGGGUGUGGGGACAUGGGGCCAAGGGGGUCGGAGGUUUUGAGGAGGGAGAAAUAGUUUCCCAUUUCUUUCCCGAGUCGGAUGCCACCAAGAGAUCAAAGAAAUGCCUCUCGGAUUUGGGAGGACGUGACUUCAGUGACCUGGUGGUUCCUUCUGCUUCUGAGUCACCAGUGGACACACCUGCCCAGCUGACGCCAGUUUGCACCUGCAAGUGAAGCAUCGUUCUUAGGCUUACCCGCUAGAACUGUGUGGUGUGCCCGAGCCCGUGUCUCCCACCGGGCGCCGCCACGCAUCACCCGGGCCCGCCCAGAGGACCGGCAGGAAGUGGCCCGUCACUCGAGCCACGCGGUGGUGUCCUGAGCGCCCUCACCUUGCCCUGGUUUGUGGAUUUUGUGCUUCUCCACCCAGCCUGGUCUCCUUUGUUUCCUUCUGAGUCAGGUGCCGACCAGCACUGGCCACAGAGGCGGGCCCCCUGGAGCUCCCGCUUGCUCCCUGGUACCCAGGCCAUCUCUUCUCUUGGCUGGAGUCAGGGUCCCGCUGCCUCCGCCUCAGGCAGCCUGAGAAGCUUGCGCAGCCGCCUCCCAGCUCAGCUUCCCUCCGGGUGGGCUUUAUAAAUGGCUCCUAAUUUCCUCCCCUCCCUUUUUUUUUUUUUUUGCAUUUUUUUAUUGAAGUCUAGUUGAUUUACAAUGUUGUGUUGAUUUCUGCUGUACAGCAGUGA